UUAUUAUUUUAGAAUGGUUUCUCAAAACUAUGGAUCAAACAUCUUUGACAAAAGUGCUCAACCUCUUAGCUCCUCCCUUUCUCCUCCUUCUACCUCUUCUCUUCUUCAUCCUCAAGUGCGUUUCCUCAUCCUCUUCUAAAAACCAGUCUCUUCCACCAGGUCCCAAGCCAUGGCCUAUCAUAGGCAACAUUCUCCACUUUGGAAAAAAGCCUCAUAUCUCGACGGCAAACUUUGCCAAAAUUCAUGGCCCUUUAAUUUCACUAAAGCUAGGAAAACAACUUCUCAUUGUUGGGUCCUCGAAGAGGGCAGCAACUGAAAUUCUGAAAUCUCAUGACCGUUUGCUCUCUGCUAGAUAUGUGUUUAAAGCAGCUCUUUUUGAAAACCAUGUCCUUGACCGCAUAGCAAUUGUUUUUGCCACACAGUGCUCUGAUGGAUGGAAGUCCUUGAGAGCCUUGUGCAGGAACGAGCUAUUCUCAGCUAAAGCAAUAGAGUCACAAGCUGUUUUGAGAGAGAAGAAGAUGGGGGAGAUGGUGGAAUUUAUAGGAAGAAGGGAAGGGGAGGUUGUUGGUAUUGGAGAAGUUGUGCUUGUUAUUGUUUUUAACACAAUAGCUAACCUUUUAUUCUCUGUAGAUUUGAUUGGAUUGGAAGAUGAUGGAGCUGCUACUGGGUUGAAAAGCCUUAUGUGGAGGAUGAUGAAGUUAGGGGCUACACCAAAUAUUGCUGAUUUUUAUCCUAUACUUGGAGGUAUAGAUCCUCAAGGUCUAAAAAGAAAGAUGGCAGUAUGUGUUAAUCAAAUGUUUGACAUAUGGGGAAAAUACAUCAAGGAAAGAAGAGAGAAGCAUGUCCACGAUGGUCCAAGAAGCGAUUUCUUGGAUGUUUUUCUCGCGAACGGAUUCGAAGAUCUUAAAAUCAAUUGGUUGGCUCUGGAGCUGCUCAGUGCAGGCACAGACACAACAGCCACGACAGUAGAGUGGGCAAUUGCUGAGCUGCUGAAGAACAAAGAAGUCUUGAAGAAAGUCAGCGAGGAGAUAAAGAGAGAAAUAGACACAAAUUCGCUGAAAGAAUCCCAUGUCUCUCAACUUCCUUACUUGAAUGCUUGUGUAAAGGAAACACUCAGGUUACAUCCUCCUGUGCCAUUUCUUAUUCCACGCAGGGCUCUUGAGACCUGUAAGGUUAUGGAUUACACGAUUCCAAGAGAUUCUGAAGUGAUUGUGAAUGUAUGGGCUGUAGGGCGUGAUCCCUCGCUCUGGGAAGACCCCUUAUCGUUCAAGCCUGAAAGGUUCCUAGGCUCUGAUCUGGACUUCAAGGGGCAGGAUUUCGAGUUUCUACCUUUUGGUGCAGGAAGAAGAAUUUGCCCUGGACUACCCAUGGCUGCUAAGCAAGUUCAUUUGAUUAUCGCCACUUUGUUAUAUUACUUCGAUUGGUCUCUUCCAAACGGUGAGGAUCCUGCCAUGUUAGACAUGAGUGAAAAGUUUGGCAUAACAUUACAGAAGGAACAGCCUCUGCUUGCUGUUCCUAGACGAAGAAUUUGAGUUUCAAAAUGUUGAUUCUGGCUUUAAAUUCGUCAAUGUAUUGAUACUCUCUGCAAUUUGAUUUCACUCUUAUAAAUCAAAAAAUGGCAAAUUACUCAUU